AUAGCCAUGAAUCCAGCAAGAUGUUUUAGUGUGGUCAAUAGAUGCUCAAGUUACGUUUCAUCUCGCUCAAUGAAGAUAUACACUAGGACUGGCGACAAAGGAAAAACCAGUACCUACACUGGUAAACGGUUACCAAAAGAUGACGUGAUAUUUGGUGCCCUCGGAGCUGUGGACACGUUAUCCUCGCACAUUGGGCUUUCAAGAGUUCACUGCCAGCAGGAUGAUAUCUUACAGGAUCUCAAGUCAAUUCAGUGCAAUCUACAGGAUCUAGGCUCAGUGAUAGCCACCCCUAGAGCCAGUGCCACUCCGCAACAACUGGAGAACAUAUCCUUCUCAACUGAACACAUUUCAAAUUUGGAGAGUAAGAUAGACGCGUACACUGGCCAUCUUCCACCUCUUACUAAUUUUAUUCUACCCUCCGGAAGCGAAUGCUCGGCCCAUUUGCACGUGACCAGAACAUUUGCCAGAGCUGCUGAGCGCAGUAUUGUACCGCUCCUUGAGCAGCACGGGGGAGAUAUCGACGCAGUGUUCAAAUAUCUAAACAGAUUGUCGGAUUAUUUGUUCACUGCCGCAAGAUACUGCUCUCAUCACGACGGUAUUCCCGAGGAAAUCUAUACCAAACAGACUCUUGGCGAUUCUUAGUAUUUCAAUGUUUAAUUUUCUGAGUA